GGUUCCCGGCGGCCUGUGCGGCGGUGGUGGUUGGGUGGUAAGAUGGCGGCUGUGAGUCUGCGGCUCGGCGACUUGGUAUGGGGAAAACUCGGCAGGUAUCCUCCUUGGCCAGGAAAGAUUGUUAAUCCACCCAAGGACUUGAAGAAACCACGCGGAAAGAAAUGCUUCUUUGUGAAGUUUUUUGGAACAGAAGAUCAUGCCUGGAUCAAAGUGGAACAGCUAAAACCAUAUCAUGCCCAUAAAGAGGAAAUGAUAAAAAUUAACAAGGGUAAAAGAUUCCAGCAAGCUGUGGAUGCAGUAGAAGAGUUCCUAAGGAGAGCCAAAGGGAAAGACCAGACGUCAUCCCACAAUUCUGCUGAUGACAAGAGUCGGCGUAAUUCCAGUGAGGAGAGAAGUCGGCCAAAUUCAGGUGACGAGAAGCGCAGACUGGGCCUCUCUGAAGGGAAGGUGAAGAAGAACAUGGGAGAAGGAAAGAAGAGGGUGUCUUCAGGCUCUUCAGAAAGAGGCUCCAAAUCCCCUCUGAAAAGAGCCCAAGAGCAAAGUCCCCGGAAGCGGGGUCGGCCCCCAAAGGAUGAGAAGGAUCUCACUAUCCCGGAAUCCAGCACCACGAAGGGGGUGAUGGCCGGACCGAUGGCCGCAUUUAAAUGGCAGCCGACAGCAAGUGAGCCGGUUAAAGAUGCAGACCCUCAUUUCCAUCACUUCCUGCUCAGUCAAACAGAGAAGCCAGCUGUCUGUUACCAGGCAAUCACAAAGAAGUUGAAAAUAUGUGAAGAGGAAACCGGCUCCACCUCCAUCCAGGCAGCAGACAGCACGGCAGUGAACGGCAACAUCACGCCCACGGACAAAAAGAUAGGCUUUUUGGGCCUUGGCCUCAUGGGAAGCGGCAUCGUUUCCAACUUGCUCAAAAUGGGCCACACAGUGACCGUCUGGAACCGGACUGCAGAGAAAUGUGAUUUGUUCAUCCAGGAGGGGGCCCGCCUAGGAAGAACCCCCGCUGAAGUCGUUUCGACUUGUGACAUCACCUUCGCCUGCGUGUCGGAUCCAAAGGCGGCCAAGGACCUGGUGCUCGGCCCCAGUGGUGUGCUGCAAGGGAUCCGCCCUGGGAAAUGCUACGUGGACAUGUCAACAGUGGACGCAGACACGGUCACUGAGCUGGCCCAGGUGAUUGUGUCCAGGGGGGGGCGCUUUCUGGAAGCCCCAGUCUCAGGGAAUCAGCAGCUGUCUAAUGAUGGGAUGUUGGUGAUCUUAGCAGCCGGAGACAGAGGCUUGUAUGAGGACUGCAGCAGCUGCUUCCAGGCAAUGGGGAAGACCUCCUUCUUUCUAGGUGAGGUCGGCAAUGCAGCCAAGAUGAUGCUGAUCGUGAACAUGGUCCAAGGGAGCUUCAUGGCCACUAUUGCUGAGGGGCUGACCCUGGCCCAAGUGACAGGCCAGUCCCAGCAGACACUCUUGGACAUCCUCAAUCAGGGACAGUUGGCCAGCAUCUUCCUGGACCAGAAGUGCCAAAAUAUCCUGCAAGGAAACUUUAAGCCUGAUUUCUACCUGAAAUACAUCCAGAAGGAUCUCCGCUUAGCCAUCGCCCUGGGUGAUGCCGUCAACCACCCGACACCCAUGGCGGCUGCGGCCAAUGAGGUGUACAAAAGAGCCAAGGCACUGGACCAGUCUGACAAUGACAUGUCUGCCGUGUACCGCGCCUAUAUACACUAAGCUGUCAACACCCCCACCCCUCCGAUAUUCCCUCUGACCCCCUAUUCCUCAUAUGGGGUCGAGGUCCUGGGACUUGACUCUGGACCAGUCCGCCUGUCUCCAUUUCCUUUUAUACAGACUUUGAGACCUGCCGUCAGUGCAGCACAUGGCAUUGCUCCUCCCCAGAGGCCUUGGGGCGGGAGGGGGUUGGUAGGAUUGGCUUGUGGGAAUGCUCUUGAGGGGGGCACUGGCUCCUGGACUGGGUGGCUUUGUAUUCCCUCUCCCUCUCUCCUCCCUCCCUCCCUCUCCGUCUCUAUCUCUGUCUCUGUCUGUCUCUCUCUCUCUCUCUCUCUCUCUCUCUCUCUCUCUCACUCAUAUACACACACCAGCUCUCACCCCAGAAACAGCUGCCUAGAAACUCUGCUUUCUGGCUUUUUUCUUCUUCCGAGCUUAUCUUACUUCAUCCCCCUUCCAUAUAAGGAACUAGAAUCAGAGGUGAGAGUUGGAAGGCAUCCCCCAGCUUCCCCCAUCCUGAGGAGGCUAUAGUCAUGUUCCCUCCCCCCAUGGAUCCCCCAAAUAGAGAGGCGCUGGCCCACCGGAGCCAGCACAGACUCCAGAGGGCGGGCCCCACCGGACCUCCAACCUCAGGUGACCAGCUGAUGAGGAUUUUCACGUCUAAGCUACCAGUGUGCAGCCAGCUCUUCCAUCAAUGCCUCUGUGAACUGAAAAGAGAUUGGCACCAGCAAGCAAAGACAGGGCAGCAGCUAGCCAGCUCUUAGUGAGCCUGGCAGAAGCCCCGAUCUCAUCACUACUUUUCGGCACCCCACCCCAUCCCACCCCGCAAGUCGCCAUCACUGCAGAGCCCUGGGCUGGGAUCAGAGUUCUUGCUUCCAUGUAGUGGGGGCUCUCACCAGCCUUUUGAAGUACUCAGAUUUGCAUUCCAGCCCUUGGGAAAGGGGUCCUGAGGGCCGCUGGUGUGGAGUGAGAAGGGAGAUGGGCCCCUUCCUGUUUCCGUUAUGCCAGACUCUGACCUGCCCUGGGCCCCUCAUGGUGGCCCCACCUUCUCCAGCCGCCCUUGCACAGGUCCCCUUCUUGCCCCUCCUCUCCUCCCUUCCUCUUUCCUCCCAUGGAGACGGCACUUCUUUCUGUCCCUUGUUUGAUCCAGACCUAGCCUGGCCGACAGUGACCAUUUCUUUUGGCUCAGCUCUUGAUGCAGGAAUGAGCGGCUUCGCUCCAGCUGGCAUCGUGAGCUUCGGUACUUCUGGGCCCCAGGGUUCUGUCGGGCAGGGAAGAGGAGAACCGGGCCUGGUUUAGCCGGAACAACCUCAGGGGUGGGUCUGAGUCAUCCUGGAGGUCCGGGCGUUUCUCCUUGGAUAGGGGACCAGAAGGGGCUUGAGAUGUUGCAUAAGAACAAGAAGUCACCUAGCAGAUGUCCGUCCACUUUCCUUCCAUGUAGGUUGGUUUUUCCAAAGUCACAAUUUGCAGAAAAUCAGCAUUUAUAGUGAAAUAUAUGAAUGAACAUAUAUAUAUGAAUGCAGCCAUCUGGUUGAGGCCCCUCCCUCGUGACCUUGGCCCUUUUUCACUGAUUAGACACCUAGGUUAGAGGGUCUGAGAGGACACUAGGAAAGGCAAAGGGUCAUGCCUGUGGGGAGUUUGGGGAACAGUUGUUGUUUCACUGGGAUUUUGAACUUGUUUCUGUCUGAGCACAAAGCCUGUUCUGGUCCUGGCUGGACUCUGGGAGAAGGGGUGGGGGGGAGAUGCUGUAAUGAAACUGGUUAGUCAAUGUCUUAAUAUUGUUGACAAUUCUGUAAAGUUCCUUUUUAUGAUUAUUUCUGUUUAAACUAUUUCACUUUUGUUUUGAAAUAAUUCCCUUUUAAGGAGAAAAUGUGACACUUGUGAAAAAGCUUGUAAGAAAAGUCCCACUUUCCCUAAACUCCUCCCAUUUAUUUUCCUUUAAACCUUUUUAAAUGACAAAUCUAGGUAAUUAAGGUUGUGAAUUUUUAUUUUUGCUUUGUUUUUAAUGAACAUUUGUCUUUCAGAAUAGGAUUGUGUGAUAAUGUUUAAAUGGCAAAAACAAAACAUGAUUUUGUGCAAUUAACAAAGCUACUGCAAGAGAAAUAAAACAUUCUUGGUAACAUA